AUGGCACCAACAACAAGGAACGCCCAAAGCUUUUACGACUUCCUUGAACACUCUGCAGUAGUGGUUCUUACUGAAUAUAUCCAAGAGAUCCGAAAUCUUAUAUACGACUUCGCCAUCGCUGCCGGACCACCAAACACCCCAGAAGGCGACGCAUUACUUCGAAAGGCCGUCCCAAAGCCAUAUGCGACACGCUUCUGGAAUUUUUUCGGCCUCACACAGACCUGUAGGCAGAUUCGGGCUGAGUUUCGUCCGCUAUGGAUGCGAAGCAGUUCCAUUCGAUUCACGGGACUCGAGACUUCGGUGUCAUUUAUCUCGACCUUCAUACCGACCAUUGCUGAACUCAAGCAUGCACCAAAAUGUUUCACCAUUGGAACGCAAUAUACGGUCGGCGAAAAGUCAAAAUGCAACAUCACGCGCCUGUUCCGCAUAGAUGCAUUCUGUCCCUAUUUUACUUUUAGCACCGCAACCUACGAGGAUAUCAUGGGACGUCUACCUCCAGACGAGAGGAUAUGCCCUUGCUGCGAAGGGUACACCAAUCCAAUCACUGAUGAAUGGGAAGAAAGAACAAGCAUCCACGAAGAAUGCACAUGCGGAUCUACAGAAGCAGACUUAGAGGAAUGGGAAGAAUUUCAUGAUGAAGAACUGGAGCAUAUGGACCUCCUUUAUGAAUUCGAAGACGCUAGCGACACUUGGCGGAAAGGUUUGCGGAUGAACGAGAUCUCGGUUUAUAUGACCGCCUCUUCGACCGAAGUUUUCCCAAGGUUCCGCAUCGUAUACAAAGAACGCGGGCCUAAGAAUGGUAGCAAUCCUCGUAUUGUGGGAGAGCUGCUCGAUAAAUGGGACCUACGCGGUCUUGAUGAAGUGUACGAGAAUGUAGAGUGUGUUGUAAAGUAUAAGAAGAACAGUGAAGCAGGAGCCGCGACGUAG